AUGCCUGGCCUGGCAGCUUCACGGUGGGCACCACAAAAUGCUCAAUGCUCCUCCUCCCAGAACUCGCGAUCUUCCUCGUCUUCUCGGCGCUCAUCUGCUCGAUCUCCCACUCGACCGUCCUCCCCACCAAGGGUGACCUUGACUGUACCUCCUGUGACCAUUGCCUGCAGCACGAGCAAUGAAAACAACAACACGUCCAGUGCCGGUCCUUCUCCGCCUGCUGCCAUGUCGAAUCACGUUGCCAACAACACGAACAAAGGAAACAAUGGUUCUUGUCCGCAGCGUGAUGCGAAUUCUGCAAAGCGGGAGCUCAUUCGCUUUCACAAAAUCUUCCGCCGCCUGCAGUGGAAGCUGCGCUUUCUCGAGGUCGGCUACAAAGUGGCCAUCGAGCGCGAAAAGAUUGACCCGGCCGUUGUAGAUGAGAACGAAAUCAUGUUCAAGCUCGACUACUUCGAGUUCUUUAUGCUCAUGGAGCGCGCUAUCAUACACUUGCUGCUGGUAUUUGGAAUCGUCGUGGAGAGGGGGAGUUUGCUUGCUCCAGACAGCCACAAGGGCAACAAUGGCAACAAUGGCAUAGCUCAAAACAAGGACAAGCCAAAAGGCCUUGCGGCGAGUGCAUGGCGGACUGUGCAACAGCAUACUUAUCAUGCCAACGUGAUCGCCACGCUGAUGAAGAAGGACAACCCACUGCAUACUGCCCUCGGCACCGGCGAAGUGCUCCGUCAGUUACAGCGGGCCAAGGAGCUCCGCAACCGAUGGAAAACUGCGGGGAAUGAUGAGGAUGACAAAGUUCCCAGUAUUAAUGGUGGUAGUGACCCAAAUCAGAAUAUGACUAAUGCUCCUGAGACCGAGUGGCGACCGACCAAGAAAGUCCCUGCCCCCCUCGAAUCAUACCGUGUCCCAGAUAUCGUGAAUACCAUCCUCUGUGGCUUUGAUGCUGCGGAGGGGAUUGCCCGGCGUUAUGUUUACGAGCAGGAAUACAAGGCAGAGUUUGGGCAUGCUCCCUCAUCAGAAGAUGGAGAUAUCGAGAUGCGUGGGUUGGACGAUAAAAAAAUACGGGACUGGGCUACAGAGGUGGAGGAAGAAGAGGCGCAGAAACAGCGGCAAGCGUACAGGUUGAAGGAAAUAGAACGGAGGGAGAAAGUAAGGGAGAUGAAGUUACGCGAAUUGCAAUGGCAGUAUCAGGAAGAAGAUGAAGAGGAUCCAUGGGGCUUUAUGGUGGAAGCCAUGGAUUGGGAAGCUGUGUGA